CCCGCCCCCCUCUCUCUCUCUGUGGCUGUGUUUAGGUUUUAGGUUUGAUCAGGUUUUAUCUCCGCCGGUAGAAGCAGCAGCGGCGGCGGCCAUGGCAAACUACGAUUUAACGCCCCGAAUCGCGCCGAACUUGGACUGCCAUUUGGUGUUUCCUCUGUUGGAGUUCCUGCAAGAACGGCAACUGUAUGCAGAUGAAGACAUACUCAAGGCGAAGAUCGAGCUCCUGAACAAUACGAACAUGGUCGACUACGCCAUGGACAUCCAUAAAUCUCUCUACCGCACCGAAGAUGUCCCUCAAGAGAUGGUGGAGAGGAGGGUGGAGGUUGUGGCCAGGUUGAAGACCUUGGAGGAGGCCGCCGACCCCUUGAUUACUUUUCUGCAGAAUCCGGCGGCGGUCCAGGAGCUUAGGGCUGAUAAGCAGUACAAUCUUCAGAUGCUUAAUGAUCGCUACCAGAUUGGUCCAGAGCAGAUAGAAGCCCUGUAUCAGUAUGCAAAGUUUCAGUUUGAAUGUGGCAACUACUCUGGUGCAGCUGAUUAUCUGUACCAGUACAGGGGUUUGUGCACCAAUGGUGAAAGGAGUUUGAGUGCAUUAUGGGGAAAGUUAGCAGCAGAAAUAUUGAUGCAAAACUGGGAUAUUGCCCUUGACGAACUCAACCGACUAAAGGAAAUUAUUGACUCAAAGAGCUUUUCAUCUCCUUUAAAUCAAGUGCAAAGUAGAAUAUGGCUAAUGCACUGGAGCUUGUUCAUCUUUUUCAACCAUGACAAUGGGAGAACACAGAUUAUUGACCUCUUCAAUCAAGACAAGUAUCUAAAUGCCAUUCAAACAAAUGCUCCACAUCUUUUACGCUACCUGGCAACUGCCUUUAUUGUCAAUAAAAGGAGAAGGCCUCAAUUUAAAGACUUUAUAAAGGUUAUCCAGCAAGAGCAGUAUUCCUUUGAGGAUCCAAUCACAGAGUUUUUGGCAUGUGUAUAUGUCAAUUAUGAUUUUGAUGCAGCACAAAAAAAGAUGAAAGAGUGUGAAGAAGUCAUACUGAAUGAUCCAUUCCUUGGCAAACGUGUGGAAGAAGGCAACUUUUCCACUGUACCACUAAGGGAUGAAUUCCUCGAAAAUGCCCGCCUUUUCAUCUUUGAGACUUAUUGCAGAAUACAUCAGCGCAUAAACAUGGGUGUUUUGGCAGAGAAACUAAAUUUGAAUUACGAGGAGGCUGAGAGAUGGAUUGUGAAUCUUAUACGAACCUCAAAGCUUGAUGCUAAGAUUGAUUCGGAGUCUGGAACUGUUGUCAUGGAACCUAAUCAGCCUAAUGUGUACGAGCAACUUAUCGACCAUACCAAGGCACUCUCGGGACGAACCUACAAACUGGUCAGCCAAGUGCUAGAACAUGUGCAGGGACAGGUUGCUCGAUAGAUAGGCGAGCUGGUAUUGAAAUUGCUCUCACUCGCAAUUUUGAGGUUUUAUAAAUUGCUGUUUGUGGGUAGGAUUAGAUUUGAAACUGUAGAAUUGGAUGUCCUAGUCUAGUUUUUGAGGGGGAGGGAGGAUACAUUUGUUAAGAAGAGAUAUCUAAGUUGAUGCGCUCUAAGGAGUCUGGUUAUGUUGCUUGACAACCGUAGUUGUUUUUGUUAUUUAUGUGCUUAUUUGGGAAGUAUUGCCCAAUAUAUGUUCUGCAUCUUGCUCUGCAUUUCACACAACUUUCCCACCUAUCUGGGCCUCGUGAUCUGGUCUUUUAGUUUUCUAAUGUGGUUUUAUGUGCAAUAAACGGAUCUGGAAUUUAUUUCUUUACUGAA